AUGGCCUCCACUCAAGAUCCCAUCGUCAAGGCGUUGCAGCAGUACACCACAUGCGACGUUUCUGACGCUCUCUGCAAGCUGAAAUUCCGACACGGAGGCUUCCUAUCCGGGCUGACUUUGUGGUCGCCUCAGCGUCAAGAAGGCGCAACGAAGAUCGUCGGCCCCGCAUACACGGUCAAAUAUGCGCCGCUGGAUGACCCAGCACCGAAGCACCCAACGCACUACAUCGAUUCCAUCCCCGAAGGCGCAGUGGUAUUCGUGUCCUGUCCACCGAAAACGCCCAAUGCCGUGUAUGGGGGGUUGAUGUCGGCACGGGCACAGGCAAGCAAAGCCGCGGGAUCGGUUAUUGAUGGCCGAUUUCGAGAUCUGCAGGAACAGCGCGAGCUUAACUACCCGGUCUUCGCUCGCGACAUCGGCACCGCACCGCCGUACGAGCUAGUCAAAGUGGUAGACGUCAAUGUUCCCGUCAAACUGCAAACAGAUGAGCAGGAUAUGACCAUCAACCCGGGCGACUACCUGAUCGGGGAUUUGAACGGUGUGGUUGUGUUGCCGAAGGAGUUGGCGGAGAAGGUGCUCCCGCUUAUGGCGAAGCAGGCGGAUGCGGAUGCGAAGAUGGCGGUAGAGAUUCGGAAAGGGAUGAGUUUUACGGAGGCGGGGAAGAAAUUUAGGGUCUAA